UUUGGUCCGGUCCUUACCCGGACCCGUGUAUAGCGAAAGAUUAAUGCAAAGGCCUGCCUUUUUAUCGUGUUAGCCUGAAAAAGAUGUAGUUUGUCCAUGUCAUAUAGAUUAGUUAAAAAUUAGAGCACCCCAUGUUACAUUUUGACUUAAAAGACUUUGAUACCAUAAAGGGGAAAACUUUUAAGAAACUGUUGAAAUUUUCAGCUUAGAGCCUGAGAAAAAUGGCAUCUUCUGUUGGGCAGCAAAAACUUUCUGGAAAAAAGAUGACAAAACAGUUAACAGGGAAAAGAGGAGACACUGAAUUUCAUUCAGUGGUAAGAGGUGGGAAUCUUGAAUUGGCUUUGGAGAUAAUCAAUGGCUGUGUAGAAGGAGAAUUGGUAGAAUUAAUGUCUAAGCAGAAUCAGUCUGCUGAAACUGCUCUUUAUGUUGCUGCUGAAUAUGGUCAUGUGGAGUUAGUGAAGGAGAUGAGUAAGUAUUAUGAUAUUGGAUCAGCUAGUAUCAAGGCAAGAAAUGGUUAUGAUGCAUUUCAUGUUGCUGCUAAACAGGGUGAUUUUGAAAUGGUGAAGGUAAUAUUGGAAGUUUUUCCUCAGCUUUCAGUUACAUUUGAUCAGUCAAAUUCCACAGCACUUCACACUGCAGCUGCACAAGGCCAUAUUAAUGUGGUCAAUUUCCUUUUGGAGACUAAUAGCAGUUUAGCCACAAUACCAAAGAACAAUGGGAAAACAGCACUUCAUUCUUCAGCAAGAAAUGGUCAUGUUGCAGUUGUAAAGGCACUUUUAAGCAAAGAAGAAGGGAUCUUAAAUUGGAGAGAUAAAAAGGGCCAAACUGCUUUUCAUAUGGCAGUUAAAGGCCAAAGUGUUGAUGUUGUUAAUGAGCUUAUUCAAUCAGAUCCUUCUUUGGUUACAAUUAUUGAUGGAAAGGGUAAUACUGCUCUGCAUAUUGCAACACGAAAAGGCCGCGUAGAGAUUGUUCAAGCAUUGGUAAAGGACAAGCGGAUGAAGUGGGACGUCAUCAAUAAAUCUGGUGAGACUGCUCUUGACAUUGCUGAGAAAGGAAGGCAAUCAGAGAUAGCAACAAUUCUAAAGGAACAUGGUAUUCUAAGUGCAAAGAACAUGAAGCUAGUAUUACCAACGCGUUCAGCCAAAGAACUGAAACAAACCGUUAGUGACAUAAAACAUGAUGUUCACAAUCAGCUUGAGCACACUUUUCAAACACAAAAGAGAGUGAAAAACAUAGCGAAACGUCUGAACAAAAUGCACUCGGAAGGGCUCAAUAAUGCAAUAAAUUCCACCACAGUCGUCGCAGUUCUUAUUGCCACUGUUGCUUUUGCUGCCAUAUUUAAUCUACCAGGCCAAUAUGUUGAUAACCGUGAGCAUAUUCCUCCUGGAUACUUAUUAGGAGAAGGAAAUAUUGCUCCUCAACUCCCUUUUGCAAUUUUCUUCAUAUUCGACUCUCUUGCACUCUUCAUAUCAUUAGCUGUUGUGGUGGUUCAAACAUCAAUCGUAGUCGUUGAAAGAAGAGCCAAGAAGCAAAUGAUGUCGAUUAUCAACAAGCUAAUGUGGUUGGCUUGUGCAUUUGUGUCUGUAGCCUUUCUUGCACUGUCUUAUAUUGUUGUAGGUAAAGAAGAGAGAUGGAUGGCAACUGCAGUAACUUUUAUGGGAACUUUUAUCAUGGUUACAACACUAGGGACACUGUGUUAUUGGGUAGUUAUGCACCGGAUUGAGUCUUCAAAUUUGAGAAGUUUGCGCAAGUCAGCUCGGAGUAGCAAGUCCUUGUCACGGUCCAUAUCGAUUAUGUCAGAAUCUGAGAUCGCGGAUGAUGAGUAUAAGAAACUCUAUGCUAUUUAGUUCUUCCACGCCUUGUAUUUUGCGAUUAGCCUGUAUAUUCUUGUGUAAUAAUAAAUGAUCCUUACACUUCAAGCUUCAAUAUAGUAAAAAAAGGCAGCCCGGUAAGGCCGCAUCCCAAAAAGGUGUGAUUUAGGCAGACUACCCUAACGCAAGCAUCAGAGGAUUCCAGGGCUCGAACCCGUGACAUAUAGGUCAUAUGAAGACAACUUUAUCGUUGUUCUAAGGCUCCCUUUCAAGCUUCAAUGUAGUAGCUGCUAGUUUUUGUGUAGUAUAUGAGCAACAUAAUUGAAAGUGCAGGAUCUUAUGCCAUUCUUAGAAUUA